AUAUUCCGCACACAUCGUAUUAGAUAACACCCGCUGGCCAGCAUAGUCUAGAAUUCAGGCCCCCAAUCACAUCACCUGUUAAUUAGGGAGUUGUUUUUUUUUUUAAUAUUUCACAAAAAAUGGCUCUACGUUUAGCUGCCCGUUCUUUGGCCAAAUUGGCCCGCGGUCAACACCAAACGGCUGUGCUCAGCAGAAGCUUGACCCACUAUCCCGUCAACGAUCAAAUCUUUGGUUUGGAUGAGGAAAAGCAAAAGCUGCGUGAAACUGCUUUCAAUUUCUUCCAAAAAGAAUUGGCUCCCUUUGCCAAGGACAUUGAUAAGAACGAUGAUUUCCCAGAUAUUCGUAACUUCUGGAAGAAAAUGGGUGAUUUGGGUUUCUUGGGUAUAACUGCCGAGCCUGAAUACGGUGGUACCGGUGGCAGUUAUUUGGAUCAUUGUAUUAUUAUGGAGGAAAUUUCACGUGCUGCUGGUGGUAUUGCCUUAUCUUAUGGUGCCCAUUCGAAUUUGUGCAUCAAUCAGUUGACCAAAAAUGCCACACCCGAACAAAAGGAGUUGUAUCUGCCCAAAUUGUGCAGUGGUGAACACAUUGGUGGUUUGGCCAUGUCUGAGCCUGGGGCCGGUUCGGAUGUUGUCUCCAUGAAAUUGCGGGCCGAACGUAAGGGUGACUACUAUGUUUUGAAUGGUACCAAAUUCUGGAUUACCAACGGCUCCAUUGCUAAUACCUUGAUUGUCUACGCCAAGACCGGUACCAGUGCUGCUGAUAAACAUGGCAUCACAGCUUUCAUUAUUGAUACUGCCGCGGAGGGUUUCAGCAUUGCCCAAAAGUUGGAUAAAUUGGGUAUGCGUGGCAGCCCCACCUGUGAAUUGGUCUUUGAUAAUCUCAAGGUGCCGGCCAAGAAUAUUUUGGGUCAAUUGAACAAGGGUGUGUAUGUUUUAAUGUCUGGCUUGGACUUUGAACGUUUGGUGCUGGCUGCCGGCCCUGUGGGUCUGAUGCAAGCCGCCGUCGAUGUUGCCUUCGAUUAUGCCCAUCAACGUAAACAAAAGGGUCAAUUGAUUGCCGAAUUCCAAUUGAUGCAGGGUAAAAUGGCUGAUAUGUACACCACUUUGAGUGCCUGCCGUUCGUAUUUGUACAGUGUGGCUCGUGCCUGUGAUGCGGGUCAUAAUAGCUCCAAGGAUUGUGCUGGCGUGAUACUUUACUGUGCCGAAAAGGCCACACAAGUUGCCUUGGAAGCAAUUCAAACAUUGGGCGGUAAUGGUUAUAUCAAUGAAUAUCCCACAGGACGCAUUAUGCGUGAUGCCAAGUUAUAUGAAAUUGGUGCUGGCACCUCGGAAAUUCGUCGUUGGCUCAUUGGUCGCCAAUUGAAUUUGGAAUAUAAGUAAAUUAAUGGAGGCCAGUUGGUUGUGAGGGAAGUUGUUGGAACCAGAUUGCAUUUAUUUUUGUAAACAUAUCAUGAUAACCUUUUGUCCUUAAGUUUUAAUGUUUGUGUUUUUUUUUAAUUAUCUUCAAGACUAAAUGUUGCAUUUAUAUUUCAAACGUAUUUUUUAUAUACAAAUUUAAAGCUGGUGAUUUUUUUAUGUGUAAAACACUAUAAAUUGUUAAAUGUUGUGGCAAUUAAUGAAAAUAAAUAUUUUUACAGAAAAAAAAAA